AAGGAAUGGAGGCCAGGGGAAUUCAGCCGCGACUUAUUUGGCCAUUACGGGGGCGUAUGUUCCUCUGCUCCUACCCCCUUCGUCCCAAAUACUGCCUAAUGGGGGGUAUAAAGAGGACAGUGGAGAAGUGAGUCUGUGGUGCAGUAACUCGUUCAAUCAUCAGAGCAUCUCUGUGCUGAGUGGAGUUGUCAGUAUUUCAGGAUGUUUCCAGCUCUAAGUGUGACUCUGACAGUUCUUCUGCCACUUGCAGCUGCUUUGCAGGUGAACCUCAGUCCAAGGAUGGUGCUGUACAAAGUUGGAGACAGAGAAGAAAUUAAGUGCAGCAUGAGCGAAUGUCCAGAGGAGGUGAAAUUUUCCUGGGGUUCUCUGGAAGACAAACCUCUGUAUGCUAACUAUAAAACAUCCCCAAAAGAAUCAGUUCUGAUCUUCAACAGCGUGACCAAAGACCACGAAAACAUAAUUAAGUGUACAGCGAAGUGCAAGGACGUGUCCAAACAGGCGACAGCAACAGUGAGAGUGUACUCUUUCGCAAAGGACCCAGUCGUCUCAGGGCACGACAGCUUAGUGUUAGGAGUGGAGAGCACUUUGUCCUGCGAGGUCACUGAUGUCUAUCCACCGGAGUAUAUGGAAGUGGAAUGGCUGCGGGGAGACAAUGUCUUGCACAAAGAGGAGGGCAAGCCUGACACGCAGACUGUUCGGUCCUAUUACACUUUCACACCACAAAGAGAGGAUGACAGAGAGCAGAUAACCUGCCGGGCCUCACUCGGGAUACAAGACAUACCACCAGAUCAGAGUACCAGAGAGACCACCAUAUCCCUGACUAUACUGUCUGCACCCAGCAUUGUGAGAGUGUCUGGGUCAACCACAGUUCCGGUUGGCUCUGCUCUCUCUCUGACCUGUGAAGCGGACGGCAGUCCGGAGCCGGCGUUUUCUUGGACCUUUCUCAGGCCUGAUGGACAGAGGGUUAGAGUAGGAGAGACGCGGGAGCUUUCCUUUCUUAACGUGUCUCUGUCAGAUGCAGGGGACUAUGAGUGUGAGGCCAGUAACAAGAUUGGGAAAAGGACAGCCACAGUGACCGUUACCAUUCCCGGUCCUCCAACAAACACUGCGAUAUCUGUGUCACCCAAUGAGCCCAAGGAGGACGAGUCUGUGACCAUCUCCUGCGUGAGCAGCAGUGUUACAGAGAGCCGUCUGGUCCUGAGUAAGCUCCAGGACGGAGCAGAUACUGAGCUGGUGUCUGACAAAGGGCCUCGAAUCUCCCUCCCUUACAGCUCUGCCAGCGCCAAUGACUCAGGCCUCUACAUCUGCAAGGCUUUCAAUGAUUAUGGCAGCCAGAAGGCCAGCGUCCAGCUUCUUGUUCAAGCUCAUCCUCUGGAGGUGACCCUGGAGCCAGACCUGAGCAUGAUCACAUUAGAGCGAGGGUCAGUCCUGUCACUGUCCUGUGAGGCCUCAGGCUGUCCUCACCCACACUUCACGUGGAAGGGUCUGGAAGAUAAGCCAAGAUACAUGAGGAAUGACAUUCAGACGGCCCAGCUAAACUUGGGGCCUGUGGGGCCGAAAGACGAUGGAGCUUUUAUCUGUGAAGUCAAGUGUGGCUCUGUGGUGAAGUCCAAACGCACCGAGGUGAAAAUUUUCUCCUUCCCCUCGCAUCCUACCAUUGAAAGCUCUGGACCUUCUCUGGAGGGUGAGAUGACCAAUUUGACCUGCACGGUUCAUGACGUGUUCCCUGCUGACCGUUUCCGUACGCAGUGGCUGGAUGGAGAGAUGGAACUGUUUUCCCAGACAUGGUCUUUUGCAAAUGGACUGCAGAACCUUAGCUCAGUCUUCUCCUACAAACCUAAUGGGGGUGGCCAUGAUAAGAACAUAAGCUGUAAGGUUUCACUGGAGAUGGAUGGAGUGCCUGCUGCGCUAGUGGAGAAGACAGCAUUUAUCACCUUGCCAGUGCACUAUGCCCCACGGCAGACCACCAUCACUGUGAGCCCACAGAAGGAGCUGAAGGAAGGGGAGUCCAUCAGCAUCUCCUGUCUAACCGACAGCGCUCCAGAGGGACGUGUGAUUUUGAGGAAGGUGCUGGACGGUGAAGAAACAGAAGUCUCAUCCAGUGUGGGGGUUCAAACCUUCUUCACAAUCCACUCUGCUGAGCUGUCUGACUCUGGAGACUAUGUGUGUGAGGCUGUCAAUCAAUACGGAAGUCAUAGAGCCAGCACCCAGAUUAGUGUACAAGCACCUCCCAGAAACACUACAGUGAAGGUGUUACCAUCCACAUCGGUGCAGGAGGGUCAAAACAUCACUAUUUGCUGCCACUCGGUCAGCUUCCCCCCACCUGCUAUCAUUCUCAGGAAGUUGGACAGUGGGAUAGAUAUCUACUCCCCCAACGGCACCUUUACACUGAUCAACCUCACACCCAAUGACACAGGUCUCUACCAGAUCAAUGUCACCAACGCCCUGGGCUACGAGACUGAGGUCUUCAGCAUUCAUGUAAUGGAGAGACUCUCCAGUCCUCCACCCAGGUGGAAUGUCUUUAUUACUCCAUUUAUUGGUCUGGGACUGUUGACCUCAGCAGCCGUCGUGCUGGACUAUCUCAGGAGAGCGCGGCUCAAGGGCUUCUAUCAACUGAGCAAGUGUGAACCAGCCACUGUGUAGACUGUGUGGACAAAUGCAGAGUGAGAUUAGACCCUACUAAACUGAAUCAGACUCCACACUGAACAGAAUUAGCCUCCUUGCUGAACUGAAUCAGACAUCAGACUGAAGUGAAUCAGUCCAUGAUACACCAUAUGAGACUGCUGAACUGAUGCAGAUUCUACUAAACUGAAUCAGACUCCAUGCUGAACUGAAUCAGACGGCACUUAAGUGAAUCAGGCUCAUCAGACGUACUGACCAAAAUCAGAUUCCACUAAACUAAGUCAGACUCUGCUUGAAUCAGAUUCCACUGAACUGAAUCAAACUCCACGCUGAGCUGAAUCAAACUCUGCUGAACUAAUUCAGCCUGUGCUGAAGUGAAUCAGACUCCACAUUGAAAAGCUGUAGACUAUUCUUAACUGAAACACACAAUACUGAAUGGAGUCAGGCACUAAAUAAAUCAGACUCUUCUGAUCUGAACUGCACUGUCAGUGCCUGCUUUUCCAUUGUUGUGAAGCUGAAAGUUUGAUGAGGCUCCAGUGGUGGACAGCUGUUGCUAGAGGACAGCUUGGGAGAGAUAAUGAAUGCUGCACAGCAUGCGUCCGCUCGAGGAGCCGCAUGUUAUUAUUACUGUUUGUGUAUUUCUGUUUGUGAGAGAGCGAGAGAAUGAAAGUGUGAUUGAGCAGAAGUAUGUGAAACAGAGAAAAUGAUGUACAUAUUAUUUUGCAGAAGAUAAUUGUUUCCUAUUGCAGCUAAUUUAGUCAGAGUUUUCACACAAGACACAGUACGAAAUAGACAUGAUAGACACUGUUUUUACUGUAGUGUUUAUGUUUUAGCAAGACCUUCAUUGUUCACACAUGUAAUAGCAGAAAUGAUUGGUAAUAUUCAGAAUCCAUUGUCAUGAUUGUCUUAGUUACUGUUUAGAAUGUCUGAUUCCUUUGUUGGUGUAUGUUCAUGUCAUACCUUUAUAAAAGUAAGUGUAAAUGGAAAAUGUCUUCACUCUAAUAAAUAUUUAUUACAUUAUUA